AUGGUGUCGGGACUGAAUACUGAAGAGGGCUUGGCCGGGGGCGAUUCUACGUUCUCAUGCCACAUGAUCACCACAGCGAAAACUCACGGGGCCGGACUAGGAUGGCUCAGAGACGACAACAAGAGAAACAGCAAGUCCAGGUUCCAACACAGGAUUCCCAAGUUCCUCAUGCCCGGUUUUGUUAUGCAAUGCGGCCUUGUCCGACAGCGUCGCCAUCAAGGCAACUGA